AUGACUUGGAGGCUGACAGCCCCCUUCUGCUCUUCCCCACCAUCUCCGUCUUUCUUCCAUGGACAUACACUAUCAGUUUUUCUGGUUUUCAGCGUCAGUGAUAACCAGGCCAUUUUCAUUGAGAACCAAGAAACUACUCAUGGUCAUCUGCUUCUAGUAGACCUCGCGAUGGAAGUUGCAGGCUGCGUGAUGGCUGCCGUCCAACUGACGGGGGCGAUAGUGGACAUUUGCGGCGGUUACCUAGAGAAAGUGAAGAAGGCGAAGGAGGACAUUGCCCGCCUUCAACAAGAAACCAGCAGUCUUGCCAAAGUGCUGCAAAUGCUCCACGACCUUCUCAGUGGACCCGAUGGUUCGAAUCUCUCCACCUCUCAAAAACUGUUCGACGAUGUCACAAAAUGCUCUUCGGCGCUCGAAAAGCUAAAGGCGAAGAUCGAUCCGGGAAGGACCCAGGCACCGCUAAGAAAAUUUGGACUUAGAGCGUUCAAAUGGCCGUUGGAACGCACAGGGCUGACUGAGGCCAUUAAUGAUAUCAAGGGCUAUCACUCAAUGUUCAGCCUCGCUUUGCAGAUUGAUCAAGUGAAUACAUCCAACCUAAUCGUAAAAGGCGUGUAUGAUCAAAGAGAAAGAGACCUCCUUCAAGCCCUUGCAUCAGACUAUGAGGAUUACAAAGAUUUCAACCCUUCAAGGGUUCCAGGUACAUGCGAAUGGUUUUUCGGAGACGACAGAUUUUGCAAAUGGCGGGACAGCAAUACUUCCAGUCUCCUCUGGGUCUCUGCUGGCCCUGGUUGCGGCAAGUCGGUUUUGUCGCGGGCUUUGAUCGAUGAGGGACGACUGCCUACGAAUGCCGCGAAGUCGACUGUUUGUUACUUCUUUUUCAAGGACGGAGAUGAACGCCGGAUGACCGCAGCAAGUGCUUUGUCCGCGAUACUCCAUCAGCUACUCACGCAAGAUCGCACUGGUCUAAUAAAGCUUGCACUUCCCAGUCAUAAGAAUCUCGGCAAAGAUCUGGCCCAAAAUCUCUCUGAGCUAUGGCGAAUCCUUAUAGACUGCUCCCAAUCACAUGAUACCGGCGAGAUUGUAUGUGUCCUCGAUGCGUUGGACGAAUGCAAUGAAGACGAUAGGAGGCGCCUUAUCGCAAAGCUGAAGGGGUUUUAUUGCCAGCAUAGUGACCCUUCUAAUCCAGUUUCGAAGCUCAAAUUCUUGAUUACCAGUCGUCCAUACGAUGACCUGGAAAGAGCUUUUAGACGAUUCUCUGAUACGACUACAUACGUGCGUUUUGAUGGCGACGAGAAGUCUGCCCAGAUCAGUAACGAGAUCAACCUGGUCAUUAAUGCCAAGGUGAAUGAAAUCGCCUGCGAUUUCAAUGAGAACGACCGUCGAACAAUUUCAAAUCGGCUAAAAAGCAUGGAGCACCGCACAUAUCUUUGGCUGCACCUCACGCUUAACAUUAUUGAACAAAGCCCGAGCGAAUAUGGCCGGCGGUGCGAUGUGGAAACACUUCUUUCUGGUAUACCGUCCCAGGUAUCAGAAGCAUACGAAAAGAUCCUGGGUCGCAGCAAAGAUCCAAUUAAAACAGAGACUCUCCUUCAGAUUGUUUUGGCUGCUGCAGUGCCUCUAACCCUAGAUCAGGCUAACUUGGCAUUGACGCUGGCUCUACAGAAGAAGCGGCUUGGCUCCUAUACCACCAUGGAGUCAGACACGUGGCCACGAAAGGACUUCAAAACCACUGUGAAGAAUCUCUGCGGCCUCUUUGUCAGUGUCUACGACUCAAAGCUGUCGUUCAUUCACCAAACAGCAAGGGAAUUUCUCAUCCACCCUGAACGAGGAGGUGGGUGGCAAGGCCGGCUCGACAUGUCGAGGUCGCACGGUACAAUGUGCCGGGUCAGUUUAACGUACCUGUCAUAUCUAGGUGAACCAAGUAUUCCCAUCAAGGAUUUGCUCAUGGCGAAGCUUCCACUGGCGUGGUACUCCGGGCAAUACUGGAUGGACCAUGCUAGGCCUGUCCAACUUGAGAAGGACGUGAAGAAAAUGAUCUUGGAUUUUUUUCUCCAGCAACAGCACGCGUACGCGAUCUGGUGCACGCUUCUCAACCCCGAAAUACCUUUGCAUCGGUAUCCAAGGCCGUCACCAUAUGAUAUGGCCACUCAGUCUCCAUUGUACUACGCAGCUUAUGCGGGUCUCCAAUGCAUAGUGGGAUUACUAUUAGAGAGUGGUGCUGAUGUUAAUGCUCAGGGUGGAAUAUAUGGCAAUGCUCUUCAGAUUGCUUCACAGAGUGGUGAGAAGGAGAUUGUGCAGCUGCUGCUGGACAGUGGUGCUGAUGUCAAUGCUCAGGGUGGAAGAUAUGGCAAUGCUCUUCAGAUUGCUUCACUGAAUGAUAAUAAGGAGAUUGUGCAGCUGCUGCUGGAGCAUGGUGCUGAUGUCAAUGCUCAGGGUGGAAGAUAUGGCAAUGCUCUUCAGAUUGCUUCACAGAGUGGUGAGAAGGAGAUUGUGCAGCUGCUGCUGGAGCAUGAUGCUGAUGUCAAUGCUCAGAGUGGAAUAUAUGGCAAUGCUCUUCAGACUGCUUCACUGAUAGGGAAUAAGAAGAUUGUGCAGCUGCUGCUGGAGAAUGGUGCUGAUGUCAAUGUUCAGAGUGGGGAAUAUGGCAAUGCCCUUCAGACUGCUUCACUGAUAGGGAAUAAGGAGAUUGUGCAGCUGCUUCUGGUGAAUGGAGCUGUAUAUGGGAAUAUUCAGCAAGUUUAA